AUGUCCUCCUCAACCCUCCCCAAAAACGCCAGCCUCGUCAACAUAGGCACCCACUCCCUUGCUCUCUACACUCACGGCCCAGAACCCAGCUGCCCCAAAGACCCCGUCGUCCUAUUCAUCUCAGGCGUGGCAAGCUCCAGCCUCAACUGGACAGCCGUAGUGCGGCUGCUCCCUCCCUCACUGCGAAGCUACACAUACGACCGUUCCGGGUUUCGCAACUCCGAGCUCUCGCCGCUCGAGCCCACAGCCGAGAAUAUUGCUCUGGAGCUUUCUCUUCUCAUUAAAAAAGCUCCCAUUCUAAACCCUUUAAUUAUAGUGGGGCACUCCUGGGCCGGCGUGCUCAUAAACGAGUUCAUCGCGCUUACGGGAAAUGGCCCCCACAUCGCUGGUCUGGUUCUCGUCGAUGCAAACCACGAGACUAUGCCAGAUAUACUGAAUGUUAAUGAUCCAGUUCUCUCGGUUAUUGCUGAGGGCGUCCAUCCAUAUGCUGGUAGGGGCAUCGAGGCGGAGCAUAAGUUCACCCAGGAAGAAUGGGAUGCAUUUAAAAGCGAUCAAUUCUCGGAGAAGACCUUGUUGAUCGGGGAGAAGGAGGACUCUGAGCACUACGCACCAAGCUUUGAGACGCUGCGGAAGAAGGAGCUGGGUAAAAAGCAGCCACUGGUUGGAGAUAAGCCGGUUUAUGUUAUUGGGGGUAUGCGGAGUAGGGAUUGGAGUGGGUUGUACAAGGCAGGCGUUGAGAAGGGGAAUGGAACUGAGGAACAGAGGAGCCAUGUUAGGGAGUUGAUUAGGACGGCUGAUGAAAAGAGUGACGGUCUUAUGAAGAAGCAUUUGAAGCUUUCUACGAAGAGCAAGCUUGUGUUUGCUUAUGAGAGUGGGCACUUUGUUCAGCUAACUCAGCCGGAUAUUGUGGUUGAUGGUGUGAAAUGGGUCCUCGAGAACUUACAACCAUCUUCCUAG